CAUAUUCAAACCGCCGCUACCAUUGCCGAAUCUUAGUCUCGGGCCCGUUCUAGUUUUGACUGUUGUCGAAUAAUUUCAUUAUUAUAUCAAGCCCCUCAGUCUGCCGGCAACUUGCUCGUGAUAAAAUCCUAUGUUCGCCUCAUCGAGUUCCAAAAAACCCACUGGUUUGUUUGCUGGAAUAUCCAACGAUUCUUGUGUAAACUUGUUCCAAGUUCCACUUACUACAAACAGUAAUAUUCCAGCCCCAGGACUUUUCGGCAACUUAAAAACCACGGAAUUCAGGGCCAACAUUAAAGAAUCAGGGCCUAGUUCCUCAUCAGCCCAUACAAUAGGGAAAAAUAGCAAUGUCUCAAAAACAGUUUUCCAUUCUCCUCGAAGUGGUGAUGGUUUUGAAAAAGAUCGAAAUGAUCGUUGUGUAACUGACACCAGUAUCAAUGGCAAUGCGCACAAUAGCUACUUCGACCUUCCUGGAUCUUCUAACAAUGAAAAAAGGUGCUUAGAUUCAAAUAAUAUCCAGAAUGCCGCUAACUUGUAUUGGCCUGCAGUUAAAUUAUCCCGUUUGCCGAUCGAAUUCAACACAAAGAGUUUUCUACUGAAGCACUUCCAAAGUUUUGGUCCUGUUGAACGAAUUAUAUGUCAACCUUCUAUGGAUGCUGCUUAUAUAGCUUUUAAUUCUUUGGUUAGUACUUAUUCGGUUGGCAGCUACGUGUUUGCUUCAUCUAUUGAGUUACCUACAUUAAGUUAUCAGCGUAAAACAAAAGGAGCGUUAUGGUUAACUAGUCUACUAGAAUGCAUUAUUGGUUGCUUGGAUGGGGAGGAUACCUAACUACAGUUCUAAACACAGCAUACACACGUUCCAAAUAAUUCUAAGAUUUUGGAUCACCUUGAAUACCCGCACUGAUAUAAUUAACCAAACGUCUGAUUCAUACAAUCACUGUUCAGACUCUGAUCCACCGGUUUGGCCGUCAAAAUGUUGCGAUUGUGUGUUGUGUGAAUCUGUUCAUUAAAUUUGAUAGCAUAUGACUCGCAGAAGAAUGUAUUUCGUUGUUACUGGUUGCGGUUAAUGUCAUCCGGCUACUAGUUACAUUUCCGAUCCAAAAAUAUAGUAAUGUCUACACAAUUGUAUCUUAGUUGUUGAUAAAUGCUUGUUACUGCCUGUCAAUAACAAAGUGUGUUGUAGACAAGUAAAUCAACAAACACUAAUACAUAGUAAUACUGGCAAAUGGAAGUAAAAUGUUAGUUAUUUCGUUUUGGUUAUGUAGUUUCUUUCUUUCCUCUACAUUGUCAGCAUAUUUUUUAACCAAAUUUUUAUUCGUUCUCAAUGUUUAAGUCUUCUGCAAAUCAAGCUAAACGAUCAGGACGUGCAUGUAUUGCAUCUGCUAACAUUGAUUUGCCUAGCUCAGUCCUUUUUACCAUGGCACGAUGUCGUCGUCAAACUAAUUCUGGAUCGAAAUCAAUAUCACAUAAAUUAGGUCCUAUCAGGGGUAGAAACACUGUGUCCUCCAUAUCCCCAUCACGUACAUCUCUGAAAAGAAUGAUUACAUCACACUCUAAUACAAAGCAGGUCAUGAAUAAAAAGCAAUUUUCCAGAGUAUCUGUUUCAAGUGAUAAUCAGUCAUCUCGUACAUCAGUUAUUAUUGAUAAUCAAUUAUCAUUUACGUCGUCCCAGAUAGUAUGCAAUACACAACCAACAAUAUCCUCUAUUACACGGCCAAAUGCAUUCGCCUAUAAUAAUAGUCUAUUCAUUCAGAAAUCUCCAAGUGCUACUACACUAGAUGAACGGCUGUCUGUAUUACAAGAAUAUUAUAAACGUGAUUGUGAACUGAGGUCUAUAUCCAAAUCUGCUGAUCCAAAAAUUCAAUGUUCGGAUAUAUGCAACAGCAACACUGGUGAACCGAUUCGUCAUGCACCCAUUAAAGGCACAUGUGAAGAUAUGUGUCCUGAAUUGGAACGUUAUUGUCGAGCAGCUCAUCAACGUGUAUCUAUAUUUGAGUGUUUACCUACUACAAUGAGUGUUAAUUCAUCUUCUUGGGAGAUGGAUCAUACUCGGGCUGUGAAAGAUUAUCAACGUUCUUCAGCCGAUCAACCUGUACCAUUACCCCGAGAACUACGACCGACAUGUGUUUUGCAACGUACAAUGGCUUAUUUACUAGCUAGUAUAGCUGAUCGCCCAGAAAUUGAUACCAGUCGUAGCCUAUGGAAACCUUGGUAUGAAUUUAUGUGGACACGUACACGAGCUAUUCGCAAAGAUAUACGGCAGCAAAACUUAUGUUGUCCCAUUGUUAUUGGUGUUAUUGAACGGAUAGCAAGAUUUCAUAUUUUCUGUGCUGCACGAUUAGUUGAUCAACCAGUGGAUACUUUUGAUCCUCGCAUUAAUUCAGAAAAUUUAACUCAGUGUCUGCAAACAUUAAAGGAGAUGUACAGUGAUUUAGAUUCACCAAUUACUUCUGAAAAUAUGUGUCCUAAUGAAGCAGAAUUCCGAAGUUAUAUGCUUUUAAUGAAACUGAACGACCAAAACGAGAUCAAUGAAGCUCAACGUUUACCUGAACGACUACGUCAAUCUAAACCUGUACGAUUUGCAUUUGCUACACAUGAAGCUCUCAUAACAAACAAUUAUAUCAGAUUUUUCCGUUUAGCUCGUCAAGCUACAUGUUUAGUUGCUUGUCUUAUGCAUAGAUAUUUUGUACAAAUACGUAGUCAAGCUUUAACGAAACUGUCUUGUGCAUUUGCUGGACAUCCAAAACGAGAAGUACAUUAUCCUAUUUCUACUCUGACACAACAACUCGGUUUUGAAAAUGAAACAGAAUCUAAACAUUUCUGUGAAACAUGGGGUUUAUCAGUGUUUGGUUCAAAUGUGAUAUUUGAAAAACAAAUUCAACCUCAACCACCUACGUUACCAUGGAGAGAACAGAGAUCAUUUCACCUAGUUGAGAAUAAGCGUAUUGGUAUCCCAUUGUCUGUUUUAUUCAAUGGUUCUCCUGUUAAUCCUUCAGAUGCAAUACCAUCUCCUGUUCAGUCUUCGUUUGAUACAAACGGUAAAUAUAUUUGCUCACAAAGAAAACCUACUCAAAAUGAUAGUGAUACACUUGAUUAUAGUAAUCGUAUUGCUGACAAUAAUGUUUGUAAUAAUAAUUGGAUCACUUCAUAUAUGUAUCAACAGCCUAUAACAAAUUCUUCAUCAUUAUCAACAACCAAUUCAUCGUUAACUGAAAGCAAUACAUCUAGCAAAAAACAAAUAUUUGAUGAAUUAUUAGAAUUUAUAUAUAAUGAAUGUGUUGAUGAAGUUCUAUGCUAUUCAAAAUUUGCUCAAACUAUUCUACUUGAAGAGAUAAUAAUUAGUGAAUUAAUCGAGAAGUUAAUUAAAGAUUUUAUUGAAGAUCAUCUAAUUGAUCUUUUUAAUAAUAAAUUAGAUCCUGUUCGUCAAAUAUGUAAAGAAAUCAUGGAAAAUGUAACGAAUGAAACAAUCGACUUAGAUUUACGUGGUAUAGUUAAUCGUGAAUUGGAUUUAGAAUAUCAUUAUAAUGAAUAUUUCAAUCAAUUAAUCAAUGAACAAUUACAUCAAUUGGCAAUGUCUUCUUUAACUUUAUCCAUUGCUACUUCAUUAUAUAAUUAUUCAUUAUUAAAAUGUUGCUUUAAUCGUUUUCAUUAUUUGAUAUGGAAACGUAAUGAAUUAAUGGAACAAGAAAUUUUAUUAAAUACAAUGCCAACAUCAGUUAGUAGUGAUUGUUUGCCAUUAUGCUUAAUGAUUAAUAAUAAUAAUAAUAAUCAAAUGAAUACUAAUGAAAAUGUAUCUACUUUCAAAUUGUUGAAACAUUCAAGUUAUUCACGAAUUUCAUUGGAAAUGCUAAAAUUAGAUAAUGAACUUACUUGGUCUCCUUUGAAACUAUCCCCAAUAUUCUAUAAAUAUCCACUAGGAUUAUAUAAAUCUAUGUUGAUACCUACUAAUUAUUGUUCAAGUAUUAUACAACAACAUUUUACAAAUAUUUUUUAUUGGAUUACUGAAAAAUUAAAACAUCCACCUAUAAUUCUAUUAAAUGAAUGGUCAAAUUCAUCAAUAAUAUUCAAUAAAUUAUCAGGUAUUAUCAUCAUUGGUUACUUUGAUCAUUCAAUCACUAAAGAACAAUUAAUGUCCAUGUAUUCAACUGAUAUAAUGAAUAACUAUGAUAAAGAUAUAAUUAAUCGUUUAUUGAUUUUAGUUGUAACUUAUUCAUUACAAGAAAUUCCUUGUUUAUCAUCAUCAUCAUUUGAAAAUGUACAGAAUAAUUAUGACGAUGAUAUCUAUUUUGUACGUUUAUGUAAUCCUAUUACAUUUGGACAAAAAAAAUUUCAACCUAGUCCAUUUUGGUCAGUGAAUUUACAGCAUGGUCUUAAUUGGAUAGAAGAAUGUUUUAUGAAAAAAAUUAAUCAUUUCAAUCAUAAUGAUCAUUACACAUUUCAAAAUGGACAUAAUGCUAAUGCAAAAUAUUCCUUGUUAUCAUCAUCAUCAUCAUCUCUAUUGAAUAGUGAAAUUACCAUCUUGUAUACAAAGCUGUAUAGUUUAAUAAAUGAAUAUAUUGAUAUAGCAUUAUUACGUCCAUUGGGUAAUUUGUCUAAAAGUUGGAAGUUGCACGGGCUUGUUGAUCCAUCAUUAAAAUCUUUAAUUAAUGAAUAUCAUUCUACAAUCUCUUAUUUAUUGAAUCAAUUGAAUCCUAUUCAUGAAACUCUUACGAAUCUAUUACAGAAUAUACUUAUUCUACCAGAAAAUAUUCUUCAUUUAUUAUUCAUUGAUUUAUAUGAAGAGAAUAAAAUAAUGAAUCAAGAAACUAAUGACGUUACCAUAACAACUAAAUGGAAUAUUUAUCUUGAAAAUUGGUUAAUUAUAUCCAAACAAUUAAAAUUAAAUUCAUCAAUUAAAAAUUGGGUAUUGACAUUAUUUCAUAACAUUGAAAAAGAUUAUUUCAUACAAUUAAAAAAUCAAUUAUUCAAUUCUAUUAUUUAUUCAUCAUCAUCAAUGAAGAAUAAUAAAUUAUAUUUACCGCCAAUUUAUUUAGCGCCUAAUUUAAAUGUAUUUUUUGUUUUAAUUUAUCAUUGUUUAAAUAAUUUAUCAAAAUUAUUAUUAACUAUGAAUAAUGGAUUAUGUAAUCAUAAUCAUAAUAAUAGAGAAGAAUUUAAUAAAUUAAUUGAAUUGUCAUGUAUUAUAACAAAGUUAAUUGAUCAAAUGAAAUCAAACAAUAUUGUAAAUCAGUUAAUUGAACACUUCAAAAAAUUAGAUGAACCAUGUAUGACACGUUCAAAUGCAAUUAAUUUAUCAUUAGAUAAUUUACGUAGAAAUCAAAUAGAAACUUGUUUACAAUCUGUACGUAAACAAAAUUCAUUUACAUCCAUUGAACACAAAGAAUCAUUAUCAAUGAAAAUGUAUCAAUUAUCUUCAAAAAUUCGUAAAAUUGAAAAUUCUAUGAAUGAUGCCAUUAAAGAAACUAUGGAAUAUCAAUUAAAAAACAAUUCCCCUAACUGAAGAAAAUCUUUAUAUAUUUUGAUUUUCUUCACUUCAAUAAUAGAUGAUGUAAUUCUCUAUAGUUGUUGUUUUUAUUAUUAUUAUUAUUGUACAUUCGUUUUAUUUUAUAUCAUUUUUUUAAUGUAUAAAUAGCCUGUACACUUGAAUAACUUUUACAUCCUUAAUGUAUUUGAGAAUUCUUCAUUGUUCUAUACAGAGUUCUUAUAAAUUCUUCACCCC